UUUAGCGGCGAUCCUGACCAUACCCCGCCUAGUUCAGCCUCAGGAUCUCUGUGGGGACGGAGGUAAGGCUGACACCAUGACCUCGGCGGGGGUCCAGCUCCUGGCUUUCAUCCUGGCCUUAUCUGGGGUCUCUGGUGUGCUCACGGCCACGCUGCUGCCCAGCUGGAAGGUCAAAGUGGACAUGGGCUCCAGCAUCGUCACCGCAAUCCUACAUCUGCAAGGGCUGUGGAUGGACUGCACGUGGUACAGCACCGGGAUGUUCAGCUGCACCCUGAAAUACUCCAUCCUGUCUCUCCCCAGCCACGUGCAGGCAGCCCGGGCCACCAUGGUCCUGGCAUGCGUUCUCUCCGCCUUGGGCAUCUGCACUUCUGUCGUAGGGAUGAAAUGCACUCACCUAGGGGGGGAAAGGGAAACCAAGAGGCAUGCUUCCUUUGCCGGAGGGGUCUGCUUUGUGGCUGCAGGGGUCUUGGGUUUAAUACCGACAGUGUGGUACAUGAAGGAGAUCAUAGCCACAUUUCUGGACCUGACAGUUCCUGAAAACAAUAAACAUGAACCUGGAGGAGCUGUCUAUGUUGGAUUCGUCUCAGCAAUGCUACUGUUUAUCUCGGGUAUCAUCUUCUGUACUUCCUAUGCAAAGAAAAAUCCAGAACCUUGGCUCCACCACCUCAAGCAGGAACGUAUCUUUGCCACACAGCUAGAGAAUUCUGUGUACAACCUGAAGGAUUAUGUGUAA